CAUGAUUCCAGUCGUCGAAUACCUGGAACCAUGGCUCAGCGCCGACAAUGGAGCACAGGCUGCCAUGCGUGCCGAAAAUCAAAAGUCAAAUGCGAUGAAGCCAAACCAGGCUGCGAGCGCUGUCGAAGAGGAGGAAGAAUGUGCCCUGGAUAUCGCGAUGAUAGCGAUAUGUUAUUUCGCAAUAUGACGAUGACGACGGUUGCGGUUAGGACGACAGAUGCAGGUGCAUCUCAGCAAUCCGCAACGACUGCAGUUGCUUCCAGCUCUACACCUGUAGCUAGCACCAGGACAGGUAUCAUCCAACCCGUGAUGUUACCCCUUCUACGCACAGACUGGGACCAACAAUCCAUCGCAUUCUAUUUCUUCAAUUUCUGCUCCAUCCCUCUUCGCGAUCGCACACUCUAUCUUGAGUUUCUCCCCGAGAUGGCGGCGAAGGCUCCACGAGAGGGAUGUUUGCUAGACGCGCUUUCCGCUACUGCUAUGGUGUAUAUGGCGAAUAUAUCGAAUUUAGAGCACUUGAGGUUUGAGAGUAGGAAGAGGUAUGGGAUGGCUUUGAAGAGCUUGGCGAGGGCGUUGGGGGAGGAGAGAGAGAAGAGGAGUGUGGGGACGUUGACAGCGGGAGUGUUGUUGCAGAACUAUGAGGUGUACACCGGCGCUACAAAAGACCCCUGGGGUCCACAUGAAGGCGGACUAAACGCCAUAAUCGAGAUGCGGAAAGGGCAACAUCUGGACUCGCCAAUCGGACAGAGCUUAUCGAGACUAAUUCAAGCGAGACGACAGAUUGAGUCUUUAGAUGCAGAGACGACGUCUGCAAAGAGCUCGAGUGCGGAAAUUCAAGUCUUUGGCCCAAUUCCAGUGCGAGCGCACAUCUUCUUGCUGCUAAGAAGCGUCUCCCUAAUUUCUGGAAGGAUACGCGCUGGUUUACAGGAGUUGCGGGCGGGGACGACAUCAACAUCUGGAGUUGAGUUGAACAAAGCUAUCGAAUCCGCGCUGCUGAUUAAAGAUCAACUACUCUCAUGGCCAGAGUCCCUACCCGCGGAUUGGAAGUACGAAACACUUCCCGCACCCUCCUUAUCACCUACUGAAACAGACUCCGACCGCCCGUUUCCGCCAAAAUUCAUCAUCUUUAGAGAUAUUCAUCAAAGUGCGCUCUGGAUAGCAUACUGGUGCUCACUGAUAGCUCUCCUACAAACGCUCAUCAAAGUUCUUCCAUUCCACCAAAGCUCCUCACAUUCCCCUUCUGCUUCCCUCUCCCUCCUCCGUGCCUCCCUCCUCUCCACCAUCGACGACGUCAGCGCCGCCACUCCCUACAUGCUCGGCACUAUCUCCCCCCGCGGCACUCUCAACGCCUUUCCCCCUAUCGCACCCCACACCAAUAACUCCGGACUCUCCGCAUUCUUCCUCAUGCGCGCGCUGCAUGUCUGCAAUUUCGCAGAAGGCGUGGAAUUGGAUAAUCGGAGGAGAAAAUGGAUUUUGGAUGCUCUGUUGAAGAUUGGGUAUGCUAAAGGGAUUCGAUUAGCGCUGAGGAGUCGGAAGAGGUGGAUUGACGGGAACCCAAGGUGGAAUAGCAAAGGGACAGGGCCCCUGAGUAUGGUCUGGGGGCUGUGGGAGCGUGGAAAUGAUAUCCUGUUUCAAAUCCCUCCUCGAUGCUCCAUAUUCAAACAUACCACAGGCUAG